CUGUUGCGCGUCCAAGCUUUCUCGACUUCCUUUUCCACCUCCCCGUCGGAGUCCCAAUUUCCUCUCCGCCUCCAUCUCCCAAUCUCCACCGAUCUACCUACGGGCACGGCUGCUCUCCUCCGCGACCGGUAGACUGCCUAUCGCCGCCGCCUCCAUUCCCUAGAUGCUCAUAUUGUGGCAUGGACUGGAAAGUUUUGCUUGUGCUGGGUAUACGUGAAUGAUGUUCAGUUCACGUAAGGGUUUAAUUGCUGCUGACAGAUGGAAAGGGCAACAGAGAAGUGAUUUACCACUUACCACUAAAUUGCUCAGUGAUGUACCACCUGAGAUAGAGUUGUCUGACUAUGGAAAACUACCGGAUUCUGGAACUGAGAGCCCGACUGGACUUCUCGAUGGUGAAAACUUAAGGGCAGAAACAAUUGUUGAUCUAGAUAUAUUUUUUAGAAGGCUUUAUAGUUAUUACUGUGAGAAGGGUCUUUGGUGCAUCAUCACCAAGUGGAUAGUUGAAAUUUUAAAUGUGAUUUUCAUGGUACUUUUUAUUGCCUUUUUCUUACUUUAUGUUGAUUGGGAUGCCUUACGCAAAGCAAAGUGUGGGAUAGAAGCAGUUGAGUCAGGGCAAAAGCCUUGUGACCUUGCGAAGGAAGUUGUUAAGCAUCAACCAUUAGUUCCAUUUACAGUUACUAAAGCAAUUAUCAUUGCAUCCAUGGUUAUAUUGACCUUAUAUGCACUGCUGAAAUUUUUGAAGUUCUUCACGCAACUUAAAAGUACUGUCAUGAUUCGCCACUUCUAUUAUAACCGCCUUAACAUUACAGACCGCGAUAUUCAAACAACACCUUGGCCUCAAGUUCUUGAAAAAGUUGUUCAACUACAGAAAUCACAACAACUAUGUGUGGUCAAGGAGCUUUCUGCACACGAUGUGGUAAUGCGGAUAAUGCGCAAGGAGAAUUAUUUGAUUGCGAUGCUUAAUAAAGGUAUCCUAGCAUUUCCAAUUUCCUCAUGGGUCCCUGGUGCCGGUCCGGCUGUCAAAUCUAGGACAGCAGGAAGGAAAAACCAUUUGAUACUGCCAAAAACUCUCGAAUGGACUUUGAAUUGGUGCAUAUUUGAAAGCAUGUUUGACAGCAAUUUUUGUCUUCAGAGGGAUUUCCUAAAUAACCCUUCAUCUUUAAGAAAAAGACUCAUAUAUGUUGGGAUUGGGUUGUUUCUCAUAUCACCAUGCCUUGUGAUCUUUAUGUUGGUUUACCUCUUUUUAAGGCAUGCUGAACAGUUCUACCAUCAUCCAAGUGCAGCCUCAUCUCGUAGAUGGUCUAAUUUGUCAAAAUGGAUUUUCAGGGAGUUCAAUGAGGUGGAUCAUUUGUUUAUACAUCGGUUAAACAACAGUGUCGUACCUGCGUCAAAUUAUCUAAAGCAAUUUCCAUCGCCUCUGAUCACCAUAAUAGCCAAGUUCGUGUCUUUUGUUUCCGGAGGCUUCGCUGCAAUUCUAAUUAUAUUUGCAAUCUUGGAUGAAUCCCUGCUAGAGGGUCAGAUAUUUGGUCGCAACUUAUUUUGGUAUGCUGCUGUUUUUGGAACUGUGACUGCCAUAAGUCGAGUUGCUGUGACAGAUGAACUUCAAGUGCUUGAUCCAGAAGGUGCAAUGUCUCUCGUCAUUCAACAGACACAUUAUAUGCCAAAAAGGUGGUGUGGUAGAGAAAACAGUGAUUCCGUCCGAACAGAAUUUGAGACCCUGUUUCAGUAUACAGGAAUGAUGCUACUGGAAGAGAUGGCCUCAAUAUUUGUUACACCUUACUUGCUAAUAUUUGUUGUGCCAAGGGUAAAAUUAGUUGCUGCUCUAAAAACUUGCCUUGUUAAGGUCAUAUGUAAAUCUAGUAAAUGUGUUUCUACUGAUUCACAGCAUGUUGAUGAUAUUUUACAAUUCAUUUCAAACUUUACGGUGUAUGUUGAUGGUGUUGGCGAUGUUUGCAGCUUUAGUUUGUUCGACUUUCAAAGCCAUGGAAAUAGGAAGCAUGGUUCUCCGUUUGACACAGAAAGAUAUAAGUGGAGUUCCCAGGGAAAAUUGGAGAAAUCAUUUUUAAGCUUCCAGAGCACCUACCCAUGCUGGGAACCCAGUAGACAUGGUCAACAGUUCCUAUCUGGUCUCCGCAAAUUCAGAGAAAAACAGAUGCAUCCUCAAACCGUUCAGGAGAACCCAUCAACUCAUACAUCACACUUAAAAUCUAAAUUGAAAGACCAAACUGAACUGACCAAGAGAUUCUUCUCAGGGGAUGAACAGCACGGCAACCAGGGCAUUUCUCCUACUGAUCAUAAACUUGGUUCUUUAUGGGCAAUAAGUCCUAGUCAAAAGACUCACCCAUAUAUCUGGGAUUGGUACUACACAGAUUUCCAGCUAAACCGAGAUGUUAAUCCAAAUAAUGCAAUAACCCUGCCGACAGAAGAGAUGUGCCCACCAUUGAAUAAACAGCUAACUGAAGCUGAAGAUGAUGAAAAUUGGUGUCCUCAGUUCUCAGAUAGACAUCAUAGUCAGUUAGAGGGCUCCUCAUCCAGGAAUGAUGCCAUUCAACACCAGAGUCCAGAGCACCAUGAUAUUGGCCGUUGGUGGGACCGUCAUCCUGGCCCUUCAUCGUUUGUGCCACAGGCAAGCUUUUUGGAACCCCCUUGCUAUGGUCAGCAAAAUUUCGAUUUUCACAGUGAUGAUACAGUUUGGAGAAGUGAGGCGCAAGUUGCAAAUGGUGUCGAGGACAAUAGUGUGCAGAAAAACCUGCACAACAUGUCCAGAACAACGGACAUGGAUGAUUCUGGUACAGACGAUGAUGCAUUCAAUCUUCAUUUUACAGAUGACAAUGACAAAUCUUUUAUUGGCAAGACCAGUUAUACUCCUAACAGUGUUCCAUCAAUAACCAUUCCGGUGACAAUAAUACCGAGCAGCAAAGAUCCUGUGUGGUAACCAAUAAUGAUGUCUAACCAUUAGUUUGGGAUCAGUAGGCUGAAUAUAGAGACAAUUUAUCUGAUGUGGUAAAUGGUUAGAAUGUGAUUCUUUUGUUGUGUGUGUAUAUAUAUAUAUAUAUGAAGUCCGGACAUUAUAAUACGCUUUGAUACAGUGCAAUUAUUAAAGUACUGUGUCAUGGGAUUGUUUAUAUCUCUCAAUUAAAAUGGCUUACAUUGUCAUCA